CCGCGUCUGAGAGGCGGCCCGGCCGGGCCCGGCGGCGGCGGCGCCAUGUGGAGCGGCCGGAGCUCCUUCACCAGCCUGGUCGUGGGCGUGUUCGUGGUGUACGUGGUGCACACCUGCUGGGUCAUGUACGGCAUCGUCUACACCCGCCCAUGCUCCGGCCACGGCCGCUGCAUCCAGCCCUACCUGGCGCAGAGGCCCAAGCUGCAGCUCAGUGUGUAUACCACCACGCGCUCUAACCUGGGCGCUGAGAACAACGUGGAUCUGGUCUUGAACGUGGAGGAUUUUGACGUGGAGUCCAAAUUUGAAAGGACAGUCAACGUCUCUGUUCCCAAGAAAACGAGGAACAACGGCACGCUGUACGCCUACGUCUUCCUCCACCACGCCGGCAUCCUGCCCUGGAACGAUGGGAAGCAGGUGCACCUGGUGAGCCCACUAACCACCUACAUGGUCCCCAAGCCAGAGGAGGUCAACCUGCUCACCGGGGGACCCGCAGCGCAGCAGCAGAUCGAGGCCGAGAAGAGGCCGACGAGUGCCCUGGAUGAGCCCGUUUCUCACUGGAGGCCCAGACUGACCCUGAACGUGAUGGUGGACGACUUCGUCUUUGACGGAGCCUCCCUGCCUGCAGACGUGCAGCGCUACAUGAAAAUGAUCCAACUGGGGAAGACAGUGCAGUACCUGCCCAUCCUGUUCAUCGACCAGCUGAGCAACCGCGUCAAGGACCUCAUGGUCAUCAACCGCUCCAGCACCGAGCUGCCACUCACCGUGUCCUACGACAAGAUCUCGCUGGGGCGGCUGCGCUUCUGGAUCCACAUGCAGGACGCCGUCUACUCGCUGCAACAGUUCGGGUUCUCAGAGAAAGACGCUGACGAAGUGAAGGGGAUCUUUGUCGACACCAACUUGUAUUUCUUGGCACUGACCUUCUUUGUGGCUGCGUUCCACCUGCUUUUUGAUUUCCUGGCGUUUAAAAACGACAUCAGCUUCUGGAAGAAGAAGAAGAGCAUGAUCGGCAUGUCCACGAAAGCAGUGCUCUGGCGCUGCUUCAGCACCGUGGUCAUCUUCCUGUUCCUGCUGGACGAGCAGACGAGCCUCCUGGUGCUGGUGCCCGCGGGCAUCGGAGCUGCCAUCGAGCUGUGGAAAGUGAAAAAGGCCUUGAAGAUGACCAUCACCUGGAGAGGCCUGUGGCCCACGUUUCAGUUUGGCGCUUGCAGCGAGUCUGAGCGGAGGACAGAGGAGUACGACGCCCAGGCCACGAAGUACUUGUCUUAUCUGCUCUACCCUCUCUGCGUUGGGGGCGCCGUCUACUCGCUGCUCAACGUCAAAUACAAGAGCUGGUAUUCCUGGCUGAUCAACAGCUUCGUCAAUGGGGUCUACGCGUUCGGCUUCCUGUUCAUGCUGCCCCAGCUCUUUGUGAACUACAAGAUGAAGUCAGUGGCCCACCUGCCCUGGAAGGCCUUCACCUACAAGGCCUUCAACACCUUCAUCGACGACGUGUUCGCCUUUAUCAUCACCAUGCCCACCUCCCACCGGCUGGCCUGCUUCAGGGACGAUGUGGUGUUUCUCGUGUACCUGUACCAGCGGUGGCUUUAUCCCGUGGAUAAGAGUAGAGUGAACGAGUUUGGGGAGUCCUACGAGGAGACCCCCCAGCGGAAACCCCACACAGACUGAGCCGGGCAGGGCGCCACUGCAGAGGGCCGGUGGCUCGGGUGGGCCUCCCGCCGUCACAGCCUCUACGUUGCCAAACCCCCGAGUGUCCCUCAUGGCCUCGGGUGCCUCCAUGCCGUGUCCGUGGUGCCAACGGCGCUGACGCCGCCGCUGGCACGGACGUCCACCUGGUCACUGGGUCCGGGAGCGUCUGGUGCCCACGGGUGCUGGGCCGCUCCUGCGGGGUCCCCACCCCGGAUGCCGUCCCCUGUGGCCUGUGGGCACUCCUCACGGGGAUUUCACAUGUCUCCUUGAAUCCAUUCCGUAUAGACUCUGGGAUCGAAUGGCUUUUUCCUUUUCGUUUAAAUUUGACUAUUUUACAGCUUAAUGUAUGUAUGUUUCUAUUUUAAAAUAAAUUUCUCU